AUGCUGCAUCGCGUUGGCGUCCGACGGCUCUGGCGGCCAUCAAGGCCACUUGCAACCGCGGUCGCGGGUUCCGCUGUGAGCAAAGGCGUCACCGCAGCCGCGUCGCCUGCAGCCCCCAUAUCGCCUGCCUCUCUGGCAAUCCUGAAGUAUGCGUACGAGGUAGUGGAUACACCUGAGAAAUUGGACGACGCCGUCCAGUCAUUACUAAGGGCGCGCUCCAUUGCCCUUGACAUUGAGGCCUUCUGUACAACAGAAGAGGCGAAGCAGUUGGGGCGUAUUUCCCUUCUACAAGCCUGCUCAGAUGCAAAACCGGUAGUAUUUCUUUUUGACGUGCUGACCCUUACGGCUCCCGUGUUUGUUAAAAGUGUGCAACCCUUAUUGCAAAAUCGCAGAAUAAGGAAAUUACUUUUUGACUGUAGGCGGGAUGUCGAAGCGCUGAGCUCUCAGUUGGGGCUGAAACCAGAGGGUGUGUUAGAUCUUCAAGUAUUUUUCACAGCCAUUCAAUGGAAACUUCGCAGUGUGAAUCGUCGUUCCGGGAUGGCGUAUGUGCUGAAGAGCGUUGCAGGUCUUACACGGCAGAAUGGUGAUUCUGCUGUACAGGCCGCCAUGACACUUGGAAACCGCCCUGUGUGGGACAUCCGUCCGUUGCCAGACCACUUUCUCGAGUAUGCUGCCGAUGAUGUACGGCACAUCCUUCUUUUGUCAAACUAUCUUGUGGAGCAGAGAAACGUUCCAAUAGACGUGAUAGCAGUGGAGCGUCUCACCGCCCAAUACGUUGAACACUAUGCAAUUGGAAAACCUGUUACCGAAGAGGCGGAUGCGACACCAGCGGAAGUCAACGUUGCUUGGUUGGAACGAUAUAUUGGGCCAGGCGGAGUGUGUAACUUCUGUGGUUCCAAGGGCCACACAGAGGCGGAGUGCUUCAAGAAGAAACACGGGAAAGCCAAGUGCUCUUUCUGCGGAGAAAUCGGGCAUACGGCACGUAACUGCUUUAAAAAACAUCCACAGCUGCUUAAGUGUGACAAAUGUGGCCAACUUGGGCAUACCAGCGCAAGCUGCUUCCGAGCAAACCCUUGUAGUCACUGUGGUGGUCCGCACAGUAGUGCGAAUUGUCACAAGAUGCUGCGGCAACGAAAGUUUUUUCAUGAAACACCCCCGUCUUAA